CUCCAGGUAACAGGUCCUUCGGUGCUAGUUUAAAAUCCCAACCAGGGAGACGGCAUGUUGUUGACAUCAGUGAUCUGAACUAAUGAAUAGUCUUUUACUUGUUGAAAAAAAUACUAUGCAAAGCAGGUGCACUAAGCAUUCCCAUCAGAGGUUGCAAACACGAUAGCUAAAUCCUUAUUUCAGUUCAAUAAAACACUGCCAACAGUAGCCUAUUGGGUGUAUUCAGUAAACAUUAACUGGAAUACGACCUUCACAGCACGGUUGGGUUAUCUAGGAAAUAUAAAGCCUUAAGGAGCAAGGGUCAACUGACAGAAGAACUAACGCAUGAGAUGGGAUCGUCAACACUUUUUCUCAUGUGUUAAGAAAAUAGGAGAGUCCUCAACAGUGUCGCCACGGGGCAGCGGGAGUGAGGCAAGAAGACAUGCGAGUGUUCAGAUUUAGGAAUUACUACAUGACAGUGAUUAUAUGUGUAAUUGUAGUCUGUAUGUUGCUGGUCUUUCAAAACCCUUUGAAUGAGAUCUCAGAUGGGAUGUGUGCGUGUAGUCACUGUGUCAGACAGCAUACCCAUAGUCCUUGGUUUAAUCAACUCUACGACCUAUCCAUUCAAAUGCUACUUACCAAGGAAAAUCACAUGCUCAAGGAUGAUAUCCUCAAGUAUUGGAAGGGUCUUCAGAAACAUAAAAUGGAAGCUAAUUACACAGAAGUGGUGAACAAGUUGUUUUCCCUAUUUCCUAAUGAAGAACGCUACACUGAUGCUGGACCACAUCGCUGUAGAACCUGUGCUGUUGUUGGGAACUCUGGGAACCUCCUAGGAUCCCAUUAUGGGUGUCAAAUAGAUCUUCAUGACUUUGUCAUUAGGAUAAAUAAGGGUCCAACGAAAGGUUACGAAAAGGAUGUGGGUUCGAAGACCACUCAUCGGUUUAUCUAUCCUGAGAGUGCCGUGGAUAUGGACAACUCCACCCAUCUGGUGCUUUCCCCAUUUAAGAUCCUGGACAUGCAGUGGCUCAUCAGUGCUUUCACCACUAAAAACAUCACACGAACUUACAUAAAAGUUAAGCCGAGUGUAAAUGCCAACAGACAUAAGGUGAUGAUUCUUCAUCCUGCUUUUAUAAAAUACGUCCACGAGGUUUGGCUACUAAAGCACGGCCGAUAUCCUUCUACUGGCUUUCUCGCAAUUGUAUUCGCCCUGCACGUCUGUGACCAGGUUUCCACGUUCGGGUUUGGUGCCGAUCAGAAUGGAAACUGGUAUCACUACUUCGAGAAAACCGGGCGUAACCUUCGUACGGGCGCUCACAGCGGCAGUUUUGAGUAUGAUACUAUGAUGCGGCUGUACCUGGAAAACAAAGUCCAGGUGUUCAGAGGAAGAUAAUCAAGAUUUUUCCAAAUUUGUACUUUUUUUAGGAAUGCAAUGAGAGCAAACACUAUUUGUAGUGUCACAAUGACUGCAUGACUACGCAGUUCACUAUGUCUGAACAAACUGUACUGCUCUUGCGUUGUUGCAAAUCAUUUUUGCCUCGAGCAAUGUUGUCUCAGCAUGCAGAUGUCUGUGUUGGUUAGCGGCCUAACAUACUCAUGAACUGGUUUACUACAGAUGACACAAAUUUGUAUGUUGUAAAAAAAAUGUGUAAAAAAUGCAAGAUUGAAUUGGAAUUAAGUUAUAUUGCAUCAGUAAACAGAACAAAUUUUCGACAAAAUUGGGUUUUAAUGAUCUGUGCAUUGAGUUUUUGUUGACUUUAGUGAAUCAUAGCGUCACACAUUCAUUGUGGUUAGUCAUGCGUGCAGCUUUUGUGCCAAAUUAGCUAUGUAAAUUCCUAAAGACAUGACUUACGAUAAUAUGCACUGGGAAAACAUACAAAUUGUGAUAUAAACAUAUAUACAGCAUACACAUACAAUAACAAUUUUUUAAGUUUCCUUCAUGUGAUUGUAACCUAUGGCUUGAAAACAGAUUAAUUGUUUGUGUUUAUAUGUCAAAAACAAUUUUUGUAGUUGCUCAACGUCCAUAAUUUCACCCUGAUGUAAUGAGUGGGUUGUUCACUAGUGUCUGAUGAUGUGUAACAGCUGUUCACAAAGCCUUAUCUGCAUACGUGGUACAUCAGAGUCAAGAACAGGUUCUUCUGGGUGUGGAAGUCUAUUGUAUGUACUGUAACAUCGGCCCACUCCUCAAUAUAACUACACCAAAUAAUCCACUUGGCUAUUGUUUGUAAAAUGAGUACAAAUAUUUGUCACCCACUGAGGAGGCAGUGCCUUCAGAACAAAAGUAUAUUAUAUUAGCAAGAUUAAACAUGUCAUGCUGUGUUUAAAUAGACUUACUUAGCGUCAUAUGUCAUGCAGUGAAAAUGUCACUAUAUAAAUAACAAUUAAGUCGAGAGGCUUCUUUCUUAAUGCAGGGUCAACAUUUGAGGCAAACAUUUGUAAGGUUUUUGUAAGAUUAAAUUAAUCUUUUACAGUGCCUAAAAAUAGUAACGCAUAUAAAUUCAAGUAGUAACACGCAAUGGUUGACUUAUUGCAUAUCAUCAAGAAAAAAUAUUAUAAAAAAACAUAAAACAUACAAACUUUAUCAAGCUUUCCAUAUGCUUUCCAUAUGUCGCAAUGUAUUUAUUUUAACUUAAAGUUUAAUAUAAUUUAUAUCUGGUCUGAUUCAUUUUCGAGGAAAUAAAACUUUGUCUUUACUGUAAAAUAGGUCAUAGAUGAUUCAUAUUAAAUUUGUUUGUUAAUAAAAUUACAAAUGAUACUGAUACACUGUCUCAUGAUUUAUUGGAUUUUACAUGUUAAAC